AUCGCUCAACAUCACCAAGAUCAUGACCCAACCCAACUCCAAACUCCUGAAUUACGAAAUUAACCCUGCACGCUUCAACAAAAGAAAACCCAAACCCCCUCUCAAUCUCUCUCCAUUUUUUUCGAAAAUGCCCUCAACUUCCUCGAAAUUCCUCUCCUUCCUUCUCUUGUUCCUCACCUUCUUCGGUGCUCCUGCAACGGAUUCGAACCGCCGAAAGGGAAUAUGCGAGACCUUCGUCGCCCUAAACGGAUUCCGUUGCCGCCAAUUCACUGUUCCAACAAGCGACCUCUACCUUCUAACAAUGCAAAGGAUUUCAAGUAGAAACGUUGCGAUACACAACGAAACGAAACCCGUUUUUCUUUUCCAUGGGAUUAUGCAGGGCGGGGAGAUAUGGGUGAUGAACGAGCCUAACGAGUCUCUAGGGUUCAUUUUAGCAGAGGCCGGUUACGAUGUUUGGAUCGGGAACGCUCGCUCUUCCUCUUUUAGCCUCGGCCAUCUUCACUACUCCCAAUGUCAGAAGGAGUACUGGGAUUGGGACUUAGAUGACAUUGCCACAAAUGAUGUCCCCACCAUGCUGAGAUUCAUCAGAAGAGUGACCGAGAAGCAAAUUCUCUACGUGGGCUUCUCUCAGGGGGCGAUGGCGGGGUUUGCUGCCUUCACCUACUCGAAAGUGUCCGACCUUGUGGAGAAAGCUGUGAUGCUGAGCCCGAUUGCUUACCUCUCAAACAUCAGAUCGACCGUCGCAAGGAUGGCCGCAGCCUCCUUCCUUGAUCAGCUCGACCUUGCGCUUGGAGUAAGCCGCUUCAGUCUUUCAGAUGAGUUGGUGAAGCAGAUACUGAGAAUGGUUUGCGACCUCAUUAGCUUAGACUGUCAGAGCAACUUCCUUGCACUCAUUGAAGGUCCCAGCCACUGUAUAAACCAAUCGAGGACCGGAUAUUAUAAACAGUACGAGUUGCAAUCGACAUCAAUGAGGAACAUCGUCCAAUUGGCUCAGCUCGUUAGAUCGGGUCGGUUUUGUAAAUAUGAUCAUGGGAUUAUCGGUAAUCUCAUCCGUUACUGGGCCAUCUUCCCUCCAUCAUACAAGCUCCAUGGACUGCCAAAGAGGCUUCCUUUCUUGCUCGCCUACGGUGGGAACGACUAUUUGGCGGACGGUGAGGAUGUAAUGCACGUGUCGAGGGAGAUCCCCGGACCCGUCGAUAUGCUGUUCAUGCCCGACUACUCGCACGAGGACUUCGUGUUAGGCACGUGCGCGCACAACGACGUGUAUCCAACGGUCCUUAGCUUCUUUGAGAGUUAGAUGCAUUGCAAUUUUCUUGUCCUUUUAUAAAAUCAUUUUGAUUGAAAAUAAACUGAUAACAUGGAAAAUUUGAAACAAAAAGAUUUGUGAUUUGGUUUUGAUUUUUGUAAUACUAAUAUGAGGAAUUAUAUGAUGUGCGGCCCACCUCUUUGGGUGGUCUACACGGUUUCAAUUC